GUCUCGACCGGAAAUGUCCCAGUACAUUGAAGCGAUCUACCCUCCCUCUCUCUUUAACCUACAUUGCUGAGCAAGUUUCAGUCCUGUUUUCACCAGUCAGUGAGAGUGACGAGCCGCGUGGACGUAGCCGUGGUUGCCAACAUGUGGACACUUUUUUUAAUCUAAUAUUUGAAUCGUGAAAGAUUCACGGGGACGUAUGGAUACAUUUGGUGGGGACAACUGGCGGAGACGCACGAGGAGCGCGCGAGCCUGCUGCAGACAACAAACCGGAGCACGAGCUGACGAAUCCAGUGUGCUUCGGUGUCUGAGCGUGGGAAACACGGAAGAAGACCAUGACAUGGAGGAGGAAACCGGCCUCUUCAAGCAGGACAGCCUGGAGCGGAGGGUCAUAGCGCCCCGCUACAGCCUGCUGAGGGAGGUGGGAAGGGGUACAUACGGCGUUGUGUAUGAAGCGGUGGCCCGGAGGUCGGGUGCUAAAGUUGCUGUGAAGAAACUGCGAUGCGACGCGCCGGAAAACGUGGAGCUCGCCCUGCAGGAGUUCUGGGCGCUGGCAAGUCUUGAGAAACGGCAUCAAAAUGUGGUGCAGCUGGAAGAGUGUGUCCUCCAGAGGAACGGUAUGGCCCAGAAAAUGAGUCAUGGGAACAAACGGUCCAAACAGUACCUGCGCCUGGUGGAGACCUCACUAAAAGGUGAAAGAGUGCUCAGUCCUCCAGAGGAGCCUUGUUACCUCUGGUUCGUCAUGGAAUUCUGUGAAGGCGGUGAUCUCAACCAGUUCAUCCUGUCUCGUCGGCCCAACCCACGAACCAACAACAGCUUUAUGCUCCAGUUGACCAGUGCCGUUGCUUUCCUGCAUGAAAACAACAUUGUCCACAGAGACCUCAAACCUGACAACAUCCUCAUCUCAGAGAAGUCAGGGACUCCGGUGCUCAAGGUGGCCGACUUUGGCCUGAGUAAAGUUUGUGCUGGUUUGGGUAACGCCAGCGAGGGCAAAGAAGGCGAAGAUAAGAACAAAAACGUCAAUGUCAACAAGUUUUGGUUGUCAUCAGCGUGCGGCUCAGACUUCUAUAUGGCUCCCGAAGUGUGGGAGGGCCAUUACACAGCCAAGGCGGACAUAUUUGCCCUAGGCAUCAUCAUCUGGGCAAUGUUGGAGAGAAUUACUUUCAUUGAUGCAGAGUCUAAGCGGGAGCUGCUGGGAACAUAUGUGAGACAAGGAGCAGACAUUGUGCCAGUGGGUGAGGCACUGCUAGAGAAUCCAAAGAUGGUACUCAGCAUCCCACAGAAACGCAGGUCAUGCAUGUCUGAUGGGGUGAGGAAGCUGCUUCAAGACAUGCUUGCGGUCAACCCUCAGGAUCGGCCCGAUGCUUUUGAGCUGCAGGCCAGAAUGGAUCAGGUUAUGUGUGCUGCAUGACUCCCAACCCGAUUGUUUUACAGACACGUGUUGCUACCUGGAGCUGCUACAUCAGUGAGGGUCUCCCUGUGUUAUUCUUAAGACUGUGAAGAUAAAGGAGAAGCAAAGGAAAGCAGUUACUCCUGCAGUUGGGAUACUGAAAUGGGAUUUUUGUUUUCUUUGAAGUUGUUUACAGUGAGGUCAUCUGCCAGUUCUUAAAGACACUGUUUGCCCUGCCCUGAAUAUUGUAAUAAAGCGAGAAACAUUA